AUGGAGUCGCGAAUCCGCAAGUUAUUUCAUUCUCGAAGACCGAAGUCUCAUCAGCAGGUCGACAGGUCCGAACUAGAUUUAAACAGCAUCCCUUACACUACAGUGACGUCCCAGAGUCGACUCCCAGUCAUCAUUAACAACGCUUUACGAAGGCCGUCCCACGGAAAACGUCAGCUCUACCUUCCAACGGAUCUUCGCUCUUUCUCGUAUCAGUCAACCUUGCCGGGCAAGCCGCCUCAACUGGGAGAGCGACCUCAACGAGGUAAUGGACCGGUGAAAUUCCAGACAAGCCGUCGACUGAGUUCCGGCGAGAUUCUCGUCACCCAAAAUGAUUACGACCGAACACUAGAGGACAUUCGACAAGGCGAGAUCAUCCUCGCCGGCAAAGAGCGAAAGAAUGCCCGCGCAUUAUCUCAGCCGGCAGGGUCAAUGCCGCGACCUAACCUAGCAAUGCUCUCAACUGCUCCCAACUCACCACGAGCGCAGUCGUCUUUCAGUCCAGUGCACCAAUUGGCGGACGAUUUACUCCCAAAAAGCCAUUAUCCACGAUCGUCCACAACGCCCUCGAAUGCGAUGCACGAGCGUCAAUGGUCGGGUGAAGAUUCUUAUCUCUCUUCUGGGUCUGGCUCUACAGCUGUGGGCCUCGGCAUAUCUAGCCCAACCCACCCAAUCUUUCCACAUCACAUGGCUUCGAGCACAUCCCUACUCGAGCCUCACGAAGAAAGCAAUCCCACUCUGCAGGCCUUGUGGAAGGCGGAGCACACUCGCCUUACUUCCAUGUAUGGCGAAGAUGGCGUCGAUGCAUCUCCAUUAUCGGCUGUGGUACUGCAGCAGGGUCCAUUCCCUCAGCAAGACUUAGGGAGAGCUUGGCCUUCUCUGAGAAGUCACCGGUCGACGUCGAACUUCGAGCUUGGGUAUGGGGAUGACAAUUCCGAAGGCUCGUCUCGUAAUCGACAUUCUUUCCUCUCCAAUAGCGGAGGAUCUUCUUCUUUCACCACCCAGGGCAGCGUGGUCGGCGAGUCUCCGAUGAUUAGAGAUGACGUCCGAAGAAUAGUCGAUGAUAUGCGUAUGACUUACAUACAGGCCCUUGAGGCUGAAGUACCUCCGCCGUUAGGGAGACUUCCCGAUUUACCCAUUGCACAAUCUGCACAAUUUGGAGCCAGAAAGAAAACCCAAUCGCUUGCUUCAUCGACCUCGGUUGAAAGUGGCCUAAGGUCUAUGGCCUGUCGAAAAAAGACCACAUCUUGGCAAGCGCCCUCGACGCAUUACCCUAGUCGAAGGACGUCAGGACUCUCACCAUCCAUCAGACCGCAAAGGAAAAGGGGCAGCUCUGUCCACACUCGCAAGACGUCGGCCCAGCAUGUUGCUGGUAUCACUACAUUGUCACCGGUCAAAGCAAGCCCAGCACGUUCGAAACCCAUCGACGCCAACACGAAUAUCUCUACUGGAUUGAAGCGAGCCGAUUCCACUACCCUGGGCUCUUUGGAGAAGGAGCUCAAGAUCCUCGACAAUCGUUCGUUCAGUACAUCAUCCCAUCCCACACCUUCCUUCUCGCCUACAUUCUACGACUUCUCAAGCUCAGAAUCCAUCACCGAAACCCACCAGAACAGUCCUUCAGUGGCAGUGACACCUCUAACUCCUCCGGCGACUAUCACGCCGAAUACACCUAAACUAAGACUCGGGAGUUUGGAUGCAUCUAGUACUGAUUCCUCCUGGCAAGAACAAUCUGACUCAUUCUUUGCAGAUGCAGACAUCGAUCUUGCGCUUGACUUGGAUAACUUUGAGUCGCUCUGUGAUGAAUUCUUUAAUUCCUCAACAAUCUCGAGCCAUCAAUUCAGCAAUAUGUCUCGUCAGGCCGAGGAUUGGAGAACGAGAGGCAGUUUUAAUGUUGGCACUCCUAUUCAGAGCCUGCAUUCGAAUGAGGUCAACUCACCUCUUACCUGUUACAGUCCAUCGAUGAACACCACUCCCCCGGGGAUGUUUUAG